AAAUCUUCUACUUCCAUCCAAAAAAUCUUCUCUUUUCUUAUUGACACAAAAAAAAAAACACUUCUCUUUCUCUUCUCCACUCACUCAAAUACUGUACCUGCUAAGAAGAUUGUGUUUUUUUCAUUCAUAUUUUUCGGUUAAUGCUCACUCUAUAAAUGUUGCAUCUUGCAUCUUCCCCAACCUUAUCUUUAACAUAUCCCAGGAAGAAUCUUCAUCAUCCUCGUUUUUCAACAAAGCUUUCAGUUAAAACAUCAUUUUCUGUUCGUUGUUCUGUGCCACACACAAAUAAUGAAGAUAAAGUUGAAUAUACUCCUUGGCUCAUUGUUGGCUUGGGUAACCCUGGAAAUAAAUACCAUGGCACUAGACACAAUGUUGGAUUUGAAAUAAUUGAUAGUCUUUCUCAAACAGAAGGUAUUCUGAUGAAUACAAUACAGUCAAAAGCCUUGAUUGGAAUAGGUUCUAUAGGAGAAGUACCGAUUUUAUUGGCAAAACCUCAAACAUACAUGAAUUUUAGUGGCGAAUCGGUUGGACCACUUGCUGCAUAUUAUCGAGUGCCAUUGCGUCAUAUUCUACUAGUAUAUGAUGAAACUAGCCUUCCAAAUGGUGUUUUAAAGCUAGAACCUAAAGGUGGACAUGGCCAUCACAACGGAUUGAAAAAUGUGAUAGGCCAUUUGGAUGGUUCUCGGGAUUUUCCUCGACUUGCAAUUGGAAUCGGAAAUCCUCCUGGAACUAUGGAUUUAAGAGCAUUUCUUCUACAAAAGUUCAGUUCGGUGGAAAGAAAGCAGGUUGAUGAGUCACUGGAGCAAGGAGUUCAAGCUGUUAGGACCUUAGUGCUCAAUGGAUUUAACCAACAUAUCAAUAGAUUCAAUUUAGGACAAAAAUACAAGUACAAUAAAGUUUAAUGUUUCUCAAAUGUACCACUAAUUUAUGGUUAUAGAUGAAAUCGAUGGUUGCCUCA